CUGACAGGAGUUGACAGGAGGAGGUUUCCUCGCGUCAGGAGCAGCAGCAGCAUGGACUCCUGGGUUCGCUUCAGCUCCCAGAGUCACUCCAAGGAGAGAGUUUUCAGGGCCGCCCAGUACGCCUGCAUGCUGCUGGGCUACACGCUGAACAAAACCAAGGCAGCAGCUGAACUCCGCAGAAUGGUUGGCGACCUGGAAACACACCUGAGCCUGACCAGGAAACUGCUGCGACUGGGGAACUCGGUGGAGACCCUGGAGGCUGCGAAGAGGGCCAUCCACCUGUCGGACGGCGUGCUGAGGCUCUGCGUGACCAUCAGCCACCUGAACAGAGCCAUGUACUUCGUCUGUGACAACCUGGUCUGGGCGGGAAAAACUGGCCUCAUCUCCAAACUGGACCAACAGAAAUGGAGUCAGAGAUCCUUCAGGUACUACCUCUUCGCUCUGAUCCUGAAUCUGACUCGGGACGCCUACGAACUCGGCCUCCUCCUGGAGUCGGAGGAUCGUCUGAAGAGCCCUCCUUCCCCCGCCCAGCGCCUCCCCUCCCCCUCGUCUUCGGCCCCCUCCGUCACGUGGCUCCGCCGACGUCUCCACCAGGCCGGAGUCGUCCUGUACAGCAACCCGCCGCUGCUGCUGGACCUGCUGAAGAACGGCUGCGACGUCUUCAUCCCGCUGGACCGGCUGGGGAUCUACCAGACGGGCUCCGGCUUCGUCGGGGCCUGCGGCCUGGUCUCCUCCGUCCUCUCCAUCCUCAGCGUCGUCCAUCCCUGGCUCAAACUCAAGCCCUGAACCUCCAGCAACCUUCCCUCUGCAUGUAACUGAAAUGGGAUAACAGCUUUCUUUUUGUUUUUAACUCCCUGGUGUUGAGAUGCAGGAAACUGAUGCU